UAAUGAUGUCAACCGAAAGCUGGCUCUUUCAGUGUUGUAGUAUUCGAGAUAUGGUUGUUAAUACUAAUGUUGACUUUGGCAUAGCUCAGAAUGGAUUCUCAGAUCAAGCACGCCGUGGUUGUUAAAGUGAUGGGGAGAACAGGUUCGCGUGGUCAGGUGACUCAGGUAAGAGUGAAGUUCACAGACUCGGACCGUUUUAUCAUGAGGAAUGUGAAAGGACCGGUGAGGGAAGGAGACAUCCUCACUCUCCUCGAGUCCGAGAGAGAAGCCAGAAGACUCCGUUGAUUCUUAUGCAAAGUCUACUCAAGAUUUACAUUUUGAUGGUCAUUUCUCUUUUUGUUUUUCCCUAAGAAAACUGCUAUGUGUUAAUUAGUCUUUAUUGUUCAGACAAUGUUCGAAGAAUUUUUAAGACUAAACAUAUGUGCCACUAUUAUCAUCAAUCCAUCAUCAUCAACUUAA